AUGGAAGAGAAACCACGUCGAGACGGGCAGGACUUGAUGGACGUCGAGUUGCAACAGCCUGUACCUCACCAACCCAGUGGCACACAAUCGGAUGCCAGUUGCGAGCUAUCUACUAGCUCAGAUCAACAGCAUGAAGAUGGAAAGGGGCGAGGCACACAUUUAGUCGAUUGGGAAGGGGACAAUGAUCCAGAAAAUCCCAUGAAUUGGCCCGAUUCGAAGAAAUGGACAAAUAUUAUUGUUCUAUCAUCCCUCAGUGUCGUCACACCCUUAGGUUCAUCCAUGUUUGCACCCGGCAUCCCGAGCAUAAUGAAGGAAUUCCGCGAUUCAUCUACGGUUACAGCGACGUUCCUCCUGUCAAUCUACAUCCUUGGGUUCGCCGUGGGUCCCUUGUUCGUUGCGCCCCUCAGUGAGAUCUAUGGUCGCAGGCACCUCUAUAUCUACGCAAACAUCAUCUUUGCCUUGUUCACCAUUGGGGCGGCACUCAGUAACAGCGUGGGCAUGCUUCUUGCGUUCCGCUUACUUAUGGGCCUCUCUGGCGUUGUACCGCUCACAAUUGGGAGUGGAACGAUUGCGGAUAUGGUGUCCGUUGAAAAGAGAGGCAGAGCUGUAUCUCUAUGGGCUAUGGGUCCUCUCCUCGGGCCUUGCGCUGGUCCCGCUGCAGGCGGGUUCCUAAUUAGGGCAGCCGGUUGGAGGUGGGUGUUCUGGCUCAUUGCGAUCCUUUCCGGCAUUUUGAUUCCGAUAACGUUCUUCUGCUUGCGCGAGACAUACGCCCCUGUUCUGCUCGAUCAGCGUGCACAUCGCUUCCGCGAGAAGACUGGCGACCCCCAUGUGCGAAGUGUACUGGGGGUGCAAUCCACGCGGUCAGAGAAGUUUCGCCUGGCCGCGGUCCUGCGCUGUACAUCGCCAUAUCCUAUAUCCUAUGGCAUCUUGUACCUUCUGAUCGCCACCUUCACAUAUGUCUACACCGAAGAAUAUGGCUUCGAUGAAGGCUCUAGCGGGCUGGUCUUUCUUCCAGCUGGUCUCGGGAUGGUUAUAGGGGUGUUAGGCUUCGGUCAACUCGUGGACCUGGUAGUGAAACGAACAAAAGCGCGUGGAUUACAGCAUCGACCUGAAGACCGUCUGAACCCGAUCAUUAGUAUUCCUUGCAGCCUGGCUAUGCCGAUUGGGCUUUUCAUUUACGGCUGGACUAUCCAGAAGGGAAUUCACUGGAUUGUCCCCAUGUUAGGCGUGCUUGUUAUUUGUAUUGGCCUAAUGGGUAUUAUGACGUGCAUACAAAAUUAUUUGAUUGAUGCAUUUCCAAAAUACGCAGCAUCAGUCUCGGCGGCGUUGGCAAUUUUGCGGUCCUUACUUGGUGCCCUGCUACCUCUUUCAUGUAUUGGGUGGGGUAACAGCGUGUUAGGGUUCAUUGCUCUAGGGCUUGUACCUAUUCCCGUACUUUUAUAUGUAUUUGGCUCACGAUUACGUGCAAAAUUCCAAGUUCGACUAUAGGUCGUGGUUGUGGGCUCUCUGUCGAGCCUGGGCUGAGAACGUAGCCCAUCGAUCUCACGACCAAAAGACGACCUUUACCUCGAAUCAACAAUGUCGAUAAAGCAUGACAAUAUAGCG